UUCGUUAAAAAUGUUUUUGAAGAUAGUAAAUUGUCAAGUUUAGUUAGUGGUCUAGUAUUUGUAUCUCAAAGUGUUGCACAUAUUACAACUAUAAUUCAAUCCAUUCUAACAAAAGAAAAACAAUUUCAAAUUUUUACAAGUUAUAACGAAAUUGAUAAUGAUUUUAAAACAAAAUUAAAUCGUACCGUGAAUUUGCGAAAUAUUCGAGUUCAUUUACUAAAUAAAAUAUCAAUAAUUUUAACUAUAUUAAUUCUAAAUAUGUUAAUUUUAAUUAAUUUUAUUAUAGGAACGAAUUUUAACACGGUUUACUGGUAUUCCUUUUUUACAGUACAAUCAUUAAGAUUACGUGUUAUUCAAUGUUUUUCAUAUAUAAUAUUAGUAAAUGAACGAUUUGAUAUUUUAAAUGAAAUUUUAUUAAAUUUCAUUAAAGAACAGUAUAAUUACAAAAAAAGAAUUUUCACUAUUGAUAGUGUGAAUUCUUUGAUUGAAAACAAUAAUAAUAUGAAAUCUAAUAAAAAUAUAGAAACUAUUUUGGCAUUGAAGCAUAUUUAUAAUGGACUAUGGGAUACGGUUAAUUUGAUUAACGAAUGCUUUGGUUGGUCAUUACUAUCUAUUAUUACAUCGUAUUUUUUGGAUUUUACGAGUAAUGCGUAUUGGUUAUUUAUGGCAAUUGAAAAUAUGGCAGAACCAGAAACGAUAUGGAAAUGUUUGGGUACAAUGCUACCGUUAAUUUUAAUUAUAGGCUAUUUGUCGUGGGGAUGUCAAGAAUGCUCAAAUAAGGGAGAGCGGACAGGAAAUUUAGUUAACAAAUUGGAAAAAAGCAAUGAAAACGAGAAAUAUAAUGCUUUAAUAAGUGAAUUUUCUUUACAAAUAAUUCAUGAGCCAAUCUCUAUAACAGCAAACGGAUUUUUUAACAUUAAUUUUAACUUGUUGGGAAGUAUGGCUGCUGCUACUGUGACAUAUUUAGUAAUUUUGAUUCAAUUUUUAUUAAGUGAAAGAACAAUGUAAAAAAAAAACAGUUGAACUCUUCUUUGGUAAUGUUUUAAAUUAAAAUGCACGAUGUCCAUUAAUUUACACUCAG